AUGGCGAUGUCGUCGGCGCUGUCGACGUCUGCCCUGAGCUCCCUGGAGGCGAUGCUCCACUCGCUAAUGCGAGGAUCAGGAGGAGGAGGAGGCGACGACGACACUCUCGCCUCCCCGCCGCUGUCGCCGCUGCCCGCGCGGCCGACCCCGCGAGGCCGGCAUCCUUUGCGGCGAAGGGUCACGGCCGCAUGGCCGUGGACGCCGCCACCGCCGCCUGAAGACGCGAGGACGGAUGUUUCGCUCUUGGUGGAGCUGGAGAGGAAGGCGGUGGAGGCGGAGGCGCAGCUGCGGCAGAAGGAGGAGGAGAACGCCGUGCUGAAGCGGCGGAUCGAGGGCUACCACAUCAGGUGGCUGGAGUAUGAGAUCAAGAUCAAGUCCUUGGAGGAAGCCUUCCAUGAACAAAUGGCUGCUUUGCAGAUGGCCCAAGAUGCUGCCGCAAGGGCUGGUGAGAUGGCGUAUGAUCGCCAUGAAUCCUCCGAGUCCCACAUGAAGAUGUCCGAGGAACCGUCGGUGAGGCUGCGGCACGAUCGGGACCGUGUGGUUGUAGGCGCCAGGCGAUGCAGCACGGUGAGCCGCCUCGGCGUGGAGUUCCGGCGCCAGAGCCGGGCGCUGGAGCACGACGCGGCAGCGCUCGCCGUUGUCGAGCCGCCGAGGCCGUGGCAGCCGGGCGCCCCGAGCGCCAACGCCGUGGACGACCUUAGGAAGCUCAAGGCACAGUUCCGCGCGUGGAAGAAGGAUUACAAGGCCCGGCUGCGCAGGACCAAGGCUGAGCUCGACAGGGACAGACGCCGUAGAGGCAGCUGCUGGAUUUGA